CCCCCUCCCACCCCAACUGCCUCUUUAAGUGGGGGCCGCAGAGCGGGGUGGGGCUCAGUUCGGCGCCAGCCGCCGACGUGACAGGAGAGCAAUUCCGUAUCGCAUCAGAGACCCGGUCAACAGCGAUUUGUUUUUAUCUCGGUUUCUAUUUUUAAAAUCUGCCACCAUGAAUGUUCUCUGGAGCCUCGUGCCAGCGCUGCUGGCGGUGAUGGCCUCGGCCACUCCCAUCCACGACCCCAUGCUGGACGAGGAGUGGGGCUUAUGGAAGGACUUUCACCAGAAGCUCUACGAGCCGAGGCAGGAGAGCUGGCGGCGUAUGAUCUGGGAGAAAAACCUGAAUAAGAUUAAGAUACACAAUCUUGAACACUCCAUGGGGAAGCACUCUUGGCGCAUGGGGAUGAACCACUUUGGUGACAUGACUAAUGAAGAGUUCCGCCAGAAGAUGAAUGGUUACCACGGGGCACAACCGCGCAAGGUCUCCAAGGGUUCCACCUUCCUGGUUCCCCAAAACUACGAGGCUCCACCCACUGUCGACUGGAGGGACAAGGGCUUCGUCACAGAAGUGAAGGACCAGGGCGAGUGCGGCUCGUGCUGGGCGUUCAGCACGACCGGCGCCCUCGAGGGGCAGCACAUGAGGAAGGUGGGCCAGCUGGUGUCGCUGAGCGAGCAGAACCUGGUGGACUGCUCGCGGCCCGAGGGCAACCAGGGUUGCGGUGGCGGCCUCAUGGACCAGGCCUUCCAGUACGUCAAGGACAAUGGAGGCAUCGACUCCGAGGCGGCCUACCCGUACACCGGCACGGAUGGAGAUAAGUGCAACUACGAUCCCAAGUUCAACUCUGCGAAUGACACUGGAUUCGUAGACGUCACCAGUGGCGACGAGAAAGCGUUGAAGAUCGCCGUGGCAUCUGUCGGUCCAGUGUCCGUCGCCAUCGAUGCGAGCCAUGAGUCCUUCCAGUUCUAUCAGUCGGGUGUGUACUUCGAGCCCGACUGCAGCAGCCAAGACCUGGACCAUGGCGUGCUCGUCGUGGGCUAUGGUGUGAAGGGGACUGGUGAGAAUGGGAAGAAAUACUGGAUUGUGAAAAACAGCUGGAGCCCCAAGUGGGGCGACGAGGGCUACGUGCUGAUGGCGCGCAACAAGAAGAACCACUGCGGCAUCGCCACGGCGGCCAGCUACCCCUUGGUUUAAAUGAAGCCACAGCAAUGCCCACUUUAGGCUCGUUUGCUUUAUAUUUAUCCCAACUAAACUUCUUUUUUUUUGGUCGCAAUUUUACAAUCUUGUUUGUUUUGAUUAGGAAAUCUAGAUCAAGUUCGUUUUAAUAGUCGUGUUCAACUUUUACAUUUGAUUGUACAUAAUGUGAUCUUAGUUUCACAAUGGUUAACAAAUUGUUCUUAAACGUGAAAUGUGUUUUUUAUUUGGCAUUUCAAAGGAAAUAGUAUUUUUUUGGGGGUAUAUCUGUGCAAUACCCGAGUGUGUACACUAACCUCAAACUCAAUAAAGUAUUGACAACAAUU